AUGAAUAUUUCAUUAAAACUAGCUAUAACCAUAUUUAUUGUGCAGUGCGUAAUUAGCACUGUUUCUGCAAAGAAAGUCCAGGCAGACCUAAGCCACAACUACGACAGCCAGAUUCUGAAGGUCAAUGAGACAGAAGCAUCUGGAAAGAGUGGAAAUAAAAAUUCAAAAGGAAAGUGGCACAAGUCAUCCCUUCUGGGCGGCAGAAAAGGCAAAGGCAAAGGAGUAAAAUUAACUGCUGAGCCAAUGUCCUUAGAUGACAGCUUCAUCUCAAACUCUAAGCAGAUUAACCAAAUGAACAACUUGCUAGAUGAGAAGCCCCUGGAAACAUCAACCCACAAGAAAAAGAACAAGUCUACUAAGGCACACACUGACUCAAUGGCUUUAGAGAGCAGUGAACUCUCCAAAAACAAGCUUGGUAUGAUGGGCAACUUCCUGAACGAGAAGGCAUUAGAAGCAAAUGCCUCUUUCUUAGCAGAACUUCUUGAAAAAGCAUCCCCUUCAAGUCCUAUAAGUAAAUUAGCAGGAUUUUCUCCAGACUUUGAAGAUGAAGAGGCAGACGCAGAGCCAGCCAUCAUCGUUAACUCAGAAAAUCUCCCAAAGAAGAAGGCGCCUCAAGCAAAGCCAGUUCUGGACCUGCCAGUUGUUCGGCCAAUAUCCGGCGCUGUGGCUUCAGAAUCUCAUCUAAAUUCAAAAAUACCUUCAGAAAAGAAAACACCAGUAAAGAGCCAGAAGCCAGAAGUACCUGAAAACUCAGUAAACGCUUCCUCUGCUAUGAAAAGCAAGUUGGAAACUAUGCAGAAAGGAAUGGCAAGUCUUUUAGAAGAGUUUAAUGUCUUUAAGAACAUGAUCAAUGAAGCUGAAAAUGAAAAAACAGCAAGUGCCAGCCACCCAAGCCACUUUGGACAUAAAGCACCUGCCUUAAACAAGAAGAAAUCUACUGGUACAUCAGCUAGAGAAUUAUAA